CAACACCACCCCACACUCUUCGCGCUAUCCAGCUGCGACUCUCGUGUGGCUCAUCUCAGCCCUGGACGUAUUCCCAGCGCCGAGAGACAACCUCUCUCUCUCCUACCGCACGACUAGAGCUCGCCCCUCCGUCCGUCUUCGACAUACCCCGCCACCUCGCCUCUUCUGUUCGCCCAUAUCAACAUCUACAAGUCCAUUUCUUAGCCCGUACAGAACUGGUCUGCAAACAUGGUGGACAGUGACACGAACUCCCCCACGUGGAAGUUCACCCAGUGCUUUGGAGACAAGGGCGAUGUGGAGGACAUCACCGAAGCUGAUAUCAUCUCGACGGUCGAGUUCGAUCACACGGGUAACUACCUUGCGACGGGAGACAAAGGCGGCCGGGUCGUAUUGUUCGAACGGAACGAAACGAAAAAGACAUGCGAGUACAAGUUCCAUACCGAAUUCCAGUCCCACGAGCCCGAGUUCGACUAUCUGAAGUCGCUGGAAAUUGAGGAAAAGAUCAAUAAGAUUAAGUGGUGUCGUCGACAGAAUGCAUCACACUAUCUGCUCUCAACAAACGACAAGACGAUCAAGCUUUGGAAGGUGUUCGAAAAGUCGCUUAAGGUCGUCGCGGAGAACAAUCUAUCCGAUGACUUGACUCCCGCAAACAUCGCUGGCGGCGGCGGUGGUGCCCCCAAGCAGUCACCUGCGCAUCGCUUCAAGAACUCUGAAGACCUCAUCAUGCCCCGCCUGACCCAUCAUGACACCGUUGUUGCCGCCGUACCUCGCCGAACGUACGCAAAUGCCCACGCCUAUCACAUCAACAGCAUAUCCGUCAACAGCGAUGGCGAGACAUUCAUCAGCUCAGACGACCUUCGCAUCAACCUCUGGAACCUGAAUAUCCAGGAUCAGAGCUUCAACAUUGUUGACAUCAAACCUGCAAACAUGGAGGAGCUGACCGAGGUCAUCACCGCUGCCGAGUUCCACCCUCUGAGCUGCAAUUGGUUCAUGUACGCAAGCUCCAAGGGCACCAUUAAGCUUGCCGACAUGCGCCAGAGUGCUCUCUGUGAUAGCCAUGCUAAGCUCUUCGAGCAAGAGGAAGAUCCGUCCUCAAGGUCGUUUUUCUCGGAAAUCAUCUCCUCGAUCUCAGACGUUCGGUUCUCCUACGACGGUCGUUACAUUCUCUCUCGCGACUACCUGACGGUGAAGAUUUGGGAUAUCAACAUGGAGCGACAGCCCGUUAAGACGAUUCCCAUCCACGAGCACCUGCGUCCUCGGUUAUGCGAUACAUAUGAGAAUGACAGCAUCUUUGACAAGUUCGAGGUUGUCUUCUCAGGGGAUGCCAAGAAUGUCAUGACUGGCAGCUACAACAACAAUUUCAUGAUCUAUCCUUCAGACCCUGAUAAAGAAGUCGAGGUGGUGCUGCAGGCCGACAAGUCUGCCUUCAAGGCUAAGAAGGUUGGCGUACCGACACCCAUCAAUUCGUCUACCAGCCCAACCGCAACCAACGGUGGCAAGAAGGGAGGUUCCCGUGCCGGUAGUCCUGCUGCUGGAGCCGGUGGCCAGGGCCAAAGGAUGCGCAAGGAAACUGAUGCCGACCAGAUUGACUUCAACAAGAAGAUCCUUCAUAUGAGCUGGCAUCCCUUUGAGGAUAGCAUUGCGAUUGCGGCAACGAACAACCUAUUUGUCUUCUCUGCACUAUAAGAAUGACGAAUAACCGGAGCCCUCGAGGGCUAUGCCGAGUGAGGACACUCAUAUUCGGAUCAACCACAGCAGCACAGC